ACCUAUAAUUUAGGAAUGAAACAAGUAAUCCUGUAGCUUUCUUAUUAUUCUAGCAGAAACAGAACAUGCAAGCUUUGCUGCAAUGCUCCUUGCAUUCAUGUUAUGACAGCAGCAGUUUGGAUUAAUGCUUAAACCUGUCUGCUCCAGGUAUGAGCUUUCGUUAAAGGCUGCACAAGUGAGGGAGGUAGGUAUUGUUGGAAAGGUGCACACCAUGUCCUUCCUGACCAUGCGGCACACCCAUUCCUUGCCUUGCAGAUACUGAGAAGAAGAUUUGAGAUUUGAACCAAAGAUUAACAGACAGGUGAGCAUGAGGAGGUUUUUCAAAGCCCACAGAGUUGAGGAUUACAGUCAGAUCCAGUACCUGACCGCCAAAUGCACCCGCCUGACUCAUGAAAAGGCAGUGUUGGAAAGAGAAUUUCUGGUUUCCAGAGAGAGGGAGAGGAAGCUGCAGAAUGAGAUGGAAGCCGUUACUGCUCGUCUCCUCCAGCAGGAGGCACUAAACUUGGAGCUUAGUAUAAACCAGGACCAGCUCAUCAACCGGAUCCAUCAGCAGCGGAACGUGGUGGAGGCCCUGCAGCAACGUCUGGUCUUGCUGGCUGGGGAGAAUCGUCGGGAUGGGGAGCUGCUGCAGCAGGUCAUCUCAGAGCUGCUGUGUCUGCAAAGCUCUGAGGUGAAGCUGGAGGGCCUGGUGGAGGAGCUGCAUGCUGAGGCCCAGCAUCGAGCAGCACUGGCAGACAGCCUGCAUGCAGAGCUGCACAGUAAAAUAGUGCAGCUGAAGGAGCUGCAGGAUGCCAACAGCAGUUUGACAGAGGAGCUGAGGAAACUUCACAGAACUCAUCAGGCGGAGGUGAAAGAACUGCAGCAGGAAAAUAAGGGAAGCCUGAGUAAACUACAAGAGACAGCAGAUCAAUUUGAGUGGCUUUGUCAGCAACAGAAGUACUGGAUGCGCUGUGUCAAAAGGUUCAAAGACUGUCUGAUAGAAGAGAGACAGACUCUGCUGCAUCAGGUCAACAUGUUGGAAAAGAAAAUUGUGGAACAGAAGAAGAACUCGACUGAUAUCAGUCCAGAACAAAGCCUCUUGUGCCCUCUAGUGGAUAAAGAGAUGUACAACAGUAUAACAUCACUGGCUGCAGAUGCAGUGACAGACCUUGGGUCUCAGGCAGAGAGGUCAGAAAUGUUGCAACCCUUCGCACAGGCAGGGAGCCCUAUCAGCAGAUAUCAGAAACCUCCAUGAGAACUUCAGUGAGACGGCCUCUGCACUUGUCUGAUUGUUUCCCACCUUCAGCAAACCUGAAGUUUAACAACUAUAAGUUUGUGUGUCUGGCCUUGAGGGCUGCCUUCCAGCCUUUGUUUUUGAAGAAACCAAACAAGGCAUGGAAAAACAUAACCUGCAAAACCACACAUUCAUUGUUUUCCCUCCACUAUUGUUCAGUGAUUUAUGGUUCAGUAAAAGAACAAACAAACAAAAAAAAAAAACAUAAAUAAAACCCAUUUAUUGAG